AUGCAUGGGGCAGAAAAAAAGGGUGAGGUUCCAUUCACCUAUCAACAAGGAACUGGGAAAGGACCAAAGAACUGGGGCCACAUUGACCCACAGUGGCAAGUUUGUGACAAUGGGAAGUUGCAGUCUCCCAUAGAUCUUCUUGAUGAACGGGCGCAGGCCUCCCCUAACUUAAAGGAACUGAAACGUGCUUAUAAACCAGCUCCUGCAGUACUGAAAAACAGGGGACAUGAUAUUAUGGUCGAAUGGACAGGCGAUGCAGGAAAAAUUAUUGUAAACGGUACCGACUACAAAGUGCUGCAAUGUCACUGGCAUUCACCUUCUGAACACAACUUGAACGGGAAAAGGUACAAUCUAGAGCUGCAUCUUGUUCAUAAAAAUUCUCUUGGAGAUACAGCUGUGGUUGGAAUUCUAUAUGAACUUGGUCGUCCUGAUCCUUUCCUUGCACAGUUGUUGCACCAUAUCAAGACAACAGAAAUAGGAGGAGCUGUUGAUUUGGGGAUUGUUAGCCCACUGGACAUCAAGUUUGGAAGUAGAAAGUACUACAGAUACGUUGGUUCUCUGACGAUUCCUCCAUGCACAGAAGGUGUUGUUUGGACAAUAAUCAAGAAGGUGAGGACAGUCUCAAGGGAGCAAAUAAAAGCAAUAACAGAUGCUAUGCAGGAUGGAUUUGAAGCAAAUGCAAGGCCUAUUCAACAGCAAAAUGGAAGACAAGUGUAUUUCUAUAGACCCAAAGCUUAA